AUUUUGUUGUUUGCAUAUGCCGUUUAUAAGCAAGAAUCACAAUAAAAUGACCCCUAAAAGCGUGACCUAGCCACCGUCACCACCACCGUAAGAUGCCACCGUCAAACAUCGAAAUGCCUGCAACCAUCGAUCUCAUCGGUGAAGACCUUCUUCACAACAUCGUGUCUAGACUUCCGGCAACCUCCUUCGCCUCCGCCGCUUGCGUCAGCCGCUCCUGGAACCUCGUUUGCGACCGCGUCCUUUGCCGUCCCAAACUCUCCGCCGCAUGCUCCUUCAAUCAUUCUCUCCAGGUUGCUGUAGAAGAAGUGGUUAAUAAAGUAUUAUCGGAGCCGAUUCGUCCUCAUUUUGCCAUUGCUUCUAUUGGCCCUUCGUUCGAUUUACAAGAGGCUCACCAACUCAUUACUACUAAAUUAGGUUCACAAGUUCCGGUUAUUACUAAUGAUCCGUCCGGAAUAAUCGGAAGGGAUGCAAUUUCGGAUGAAUUCAAAGAGAUUCAGUGGGAGAUUACUGAAGAGGAUGAAGAUACCGAUGUUCCCCCAAUUCUACCCGAGAGUGCGAACAGAGCAAUCAUGUUGAUUGUUGGAUUUCUACCGGGGUUGAAAGUCACGACAAUCCCGCUUUUAAAGCAAGUUGAGGACCCACAAAUCGUCAUGGUUGACAAAUUUGUAACCGACAUUAGGGAGUUCUCAACAUCUGUUUCAGGAUGUAAAUCCCCUGCUGCGAUAAUAAUGUUCAGUGACUUUCAAGCAGGCAUGAAAGCUGUUAUGGAAAAACUGGAUUAUGCCAUGUCACCAGAAACCGUCAUUGUUGGUGAUAGCGGUUGUCAGUUCCGACAUACCGAUGCCACCAAUGGCAGUUCAAGGGACAUAACUGUUAAUGAAGAACAUGUUUCUGCUGCUGUUGCCUUCGUAUUUGCAGUCGACAGGAAUAAACCUCCUGGUGUAGGAGAGACUCAAUUUCAUGCCAUAUUAUCAAGCGGAUUGUCACCGGUAGGCCCCACAUACAAAGCAGCAUCUGUUAGAGAGAAACACGGCGAUUCUUUAACUUGGCUCACUGCAAGAAGAGAAGGGUCACGUGAGAAUAUUGAUGGCGAAACUGUUUUGAAUCAAGUUUACGAUGAACUAGGAGACCGAAUUCAGUUUCCUACUUUCUACAUUGGCGUAACGAAAAAAAGAAAAUGCUCUGUUGGUGAGGAAAAGGUCGGAUACAUCACUUCUCUUGCGUUCCAUGAAGUUCUCGGGGAUAACCAGGAGUAUCUUUUUGUUGGUGACGUGGGCAUCAAAACCGGCGAUACAUUCCGUUUUUACCAUUCAGAUUCCGCCACUGCUCUAUCUUCUGCCGCCUCUGUCUCCAACCACAUGAGAUCAUUCAAUCAAUCAUCUAAUCAAGGUAGCACCAGCACCGCGGGUGGUGAUAAGAGGGAGGUGUUUGGCGGUCUUUUAUUCACAUGUUGUGGUCGUGGUGAGUCGUUCUUCGGCCAACCAAACAUUGACAGCUCACCGUUUUUAGACAACUUCCCAGGUGUCACACUUGGUGGGACAUUUUGUGGCGGGGAAAUUGGACGUGGUGACUUAACCCCGUAUGUUAAGGAACCCCAAGAACAAAAGUCGGUGCGUUGUUGCUUGCAUGUAUAUAGUGCUGUCUUUUUAAUUAUGUCUUACAAUCCAUGAAAAAAGAUGUCUUAGGAAUUGAUGUGGUUUUGUGUUCGGAUUUGGCGGGAUAAGACGAUAAAAUUUUAACUAUACAAUGGUCUUUUUUCUAGAUGCUUGAGUUUAUGUUUUGUGGGAUUCAUGUUGAAUCAAUUUUCAAGUAUUGUAUUUGUAUAUGUUUUUUAUGCACC